GGCGGUGACAGCAGCCUGUAGUCGUGUGAGGCGGAGGGGCGGGGAGGGGGUACGUUCAUUAACGACCACCGACAACCGGGCAUCCUCCUCCGGCAGCACCACAGCCACAUGCAGCCGCGGAAGAUGGUCGCGCUGCAGCCGUCCCCCAGUUCGUCUCCAUCAUUGGCGGAGUGGAUCUGCUGCCUGGACAAAAGGCCGUCGGAGCGCUCUGGAGAGGAUGUGGACAUUAUUCUUACGAGACUGCGAGAGGUCAAAGCCUUCCAGAGAUUUCCACCUCCACUCUUACUACAGAUCUGUGCCUGCGCUUUCUACGAAUGCCUGGAAAAAGGAAUCACGUUGUUUCGACAGGGUGACAUAGGCACCAGUUGGUACGCGGUUCUUUCUGGAUCCUUGGACGUGAAAGUAUCAGAAACUGCCAAUCACCAGGAUGCCGUCACAAUCUGCACCCUGGGGAUUGGAACGGCGUUCGGCGAGUCCAUCCUGGACAACACACCUCGCCACGCCACCAUCGUCAGCAGAGAGACCAGUGAGCUUCUCCGGAUUGAACAAAGAGAGUUUAAGACCCUCUGGGAGAAGUAUCGCCAGAGUCUGGCUGGACUGUUAGCCCCCCCAUAUGGAGCCAUGGAGAGCGGAUCAAACAACGACAGACUCGCAGAUAAAGACAACAUGAAUUCAGAAUCUGGAAGCAAAGCUCACAACAAGAUCCCAUCAGAGAAGCUCCAGAGAGCAGGAAAGGUACUCCGCAAUGCUAUCCUAUCGAGAGCACCCCACAUGAUCCGAGACAGAAAAUACCACCUUAAAACAUACAGACAAUGCUGUGUAGGAACAGAGCUGGUGGACUGGCUGGUGAUGCAGAGUGCUUGCGUGCUCACAAGGUCCCAUGCUGUUGGAAUGUGGCAGGUGCUGUUGGAGGAAGGGGUGCUCAAUCACGUGGACCAGGACCUGGGCUUCCAGGACAAGUACCUCUUCUAUCGCUUUCUUGAUGAUGAAGACGAGGACACGCCUUUGCCGAGUGAGGAAGAGAAGAGAGAGAGUGAGGAAGAGUUGCCAGAGACCAUCCUCUUCCUUGCUCAGAUUGGCCCUGACGCACUGCUGCGCAUGAUCCUCAGGAAAUCGCCUGGUCAGAGGACAGGGGAUGACUUGGAGAUCAUCUAUGAUGAGCUGCUUCACAUCAAGGCCUUAGCUCACCUCUCCAACACUGUGAAGCGUGAACUGGCGAGUGUCGUGAUCUUCGAAUCACAUGCAAAAGCUGGAACUGUGUUGUUUAACCAAGGAGAGGAGGGCACAUCAUGGUACAUCAUCCUGAAAGGCUCCGUCAACGUGGUUAUCUAUGGCAAGGGUGUAGUUUGCACUCUUCACGAAGGAGAUGACUUUGGGAAAUUAGCCUUGGUAACAGACUCGCCUCGUGCUGCCUCCAUCGUCCUGAGAGAGGACAACUGUCACUUCCUCCGAGUGGAUAAAGAAGACUUCAACAGGAUACUCAGGGAUGUGGAAGCUAACACAGUGCGUUUGAAAGAGCACGAACAGUCUGUGCUGGUUUUAGAGAAGAGCCCCCGAGCAUCCACACUGGGAGGCAUCAAAUACACUGUGAUAUCAGGAACACCAGAGAAAAUCCUUGAACACUUUCUGGAAGCUAUGAGACUUGACAUUCAUCACAAUGAACCAGACCCGGCGGUGGAUGAUUUUGUCUUGAUGCACUGUGUGUUCAUGCCCAAUAGCCAGCUGUGCCCUCUAUUAAUGGCACACUACCAUGCUGCUUCUCCGCCUGGCUCUGAGCAGGAGAGGCUGGAGUAUGCACUUAACUGUAAGAGGAGGGUUCUAAUUCUGGCUCUGCGCUGGGUAAACGCACAUACCUACCUGCUACAGGAAGAACCUGCUGCCAUCUCCUUCUUGGAGGAGUUGUAUGGAAGUGUAUCGAAUGAUUCUCGGAUACUAAGAGGUCUCAAAGACUUGGCUGUCGAUCUAGAGAAAGUUGUGAAGUUACAUUCUGAAGAAGCCAAAUCGUCAAAAAGGAAAACUUUGAUACGACAGUUCAGCAAUGGAGAGGAAAGGCUACAAAAGAAGCAGCCAAUCAAGAAUCAGGAUGACAUUCUUUUGAAGGUGUACUGCAGUGAUCACACGUAUACCACAAUUCGGAUUGCUGUGGCAGCAACGGGCAGGGAAGUGAUCAGUGCAGUGACCGACAAACUCGGCACAGCUGACGAGCUUCUCCUCAUCCACCUCAGCUCUGCCGGUGAGAAGCAGAUCCUGAAACCCAAUGAUGUGUCAGUGUUUUCCACUUUGAGCAUUAACGGCAGGUUGUUUGCUUGUCCUCGAGAUCAGCUGAGUGGAUUGACUCCUCAUCCUGAUCAAGAAGGUCCCUCUGCUGGCUCCAUGUCAACUUUUGAGCUCAUGAGCUCUAAGGAUUUGGCUUAUCAAAUGACAAUGUUUGACUGGGAGCUCUUUAGCUGUGUACAUGAGCAUGAGCUGCUUUACCACACAUUCGGUCGCCAGAGCUUCAGGAGGACCACAGCUAAUCUCGAUCUGUUCCUGCGGAGGUUCAACCAGGUUAUGCUGUGGGUGGUCACUGAAGUCUGCCUCUGUAAUCAACUCAGCAAAAGAGUGCAGCUCCUCAAGAAGUUCAUCAAGAUUGCUGCACACUGUAGAGAGUUCAAGAACCUUAAUUCGUUCUUUGCCAUCAUCAUGGGAAUGAGCAACCCUGCUGUCAGCAGACUGAGCCAGACGUGGGAGAAACUUCCCACCAAAUUCAAGAAGUUUUAUGCUGAGUUUGAGAGCAUGAUGGAUCCAUCAAGAAACCACAGGACUUACAGAAUCACUGUCACCAAACUGGAACCACCAAUCAUCCCUUUCAUGCCACUCCUUCUCAAAGACAUGACAUUUACCCAUGAGGGCAACAAGACCUUUAUUGACAACAUGGUCAAUUUUGAGAAAAUGAGGAUCAUUGCAAACACAAUUCGUCAAGUGAGGCACUGUCGAAGUCAACCAUUUAACCCCGACAUUUGCCAGCCGAACAAGAAUCAAGCGGAGGUUCGUGGCUACGUAAGGAAGCUCUGCGUGAUCGACAACCAGAGGGCGCUGACCCAGCUCUCGUACCGGCUGGAGCCCAGACGGACAUGAGACCCAAAUCUUCUUCUUUCUUUGCGAAGCUCUCAUAAAACACACAAAUAUACUCAUACUUAUGUGCUUUCAACAAACCUGGACUUUUAGUAGCAAACUUCACCAGACAGUGACUUUGGCAUUAUUACAGACUGACAUUGACAUUAUUACUACUGUGCCGUUAAAAACCUCCUCCUGCUGGACUAAUGGCUGCUUUUUUUUUUAUUGAUGUGUGGACUCUCAGAAUGAGGGUUUCUGUUGAACAGGUUAUUUCUGUUGGGACCUGUUAGAUAGAACUGUAGUGUAUAGAACUUGAAUUGGCAUUUUGCAUGACUGAGCAUCAUAAGUUUUGUGUUCUAUACAGUGGAUUUCUAUCUAGAGCAUCCUAUACUAUUGUGCUACUCGAAAGAAGAAAAGACUGUAACUCCUGUAAAACAAAAACAAUCCUCUACCUGUAAACUGUGGAAAUGCUGUAUUCCCUUAGAGUUAUUCUGUUCUAGACAUACAGAAAUCUGAGAGUACGUAUUUACCCAUACUUAAGAAUCCUAAAAUUUGUCUUAUAUUUACCCAUACUUAAGAAUCCUAAAAUUUGUCUUAUUAGAGCUUUUAAAGUCUUUAGGAUCUGAUGUCCUUUAAGUAAGUGGGUAUGUUUUUCCUAAGGGGGAAGAUUCCUUUGAUUACAGCCAUUGGAACUUUGCUCAAAGUGGUCGGGGUAGUAUGGUAAUUUGGUUUACAUCUGGAAAUCUGAAUCAUUUCACAGGAAAAAAUUCAUUGGCUGUUUUUCUAAACAUUUUUUUAUAAAUGUCAGCUUUACCGACAAACUGCUUCAUUAAGACAUUUCUUCAUUUCCAGCCUAAGCAUAACUAUGAAAGGACUAUUUGUCAUAUAUAUUUGUUGUGUUGAGUCUGUGUGGUUUUCAUUUCUUGCAUAUAUGAGUGUAGAUUUUGAGUGUCAGUCGUUUACUUUUCUUUGAUCUCGGGAGCUUCUUCUGUGACGGUGUGUGUUGAGAAAUGCCGUGUGGCUGUCUUUGCCCAAGCAGCCUGUAAGUGUAUUGUAGUCUGCUUUGUAAAUAAAGACUAGCUAAUCUAACUGUGA